CCUCCACCCCCCCCAAACGCUUCAAAGUUUGUCUCAUUUCCGGAUGGAAUGGGAUGGAAUUUGUUUGAUUUUUAGAAUUAUGUUGCUGAUAUUCAAGGUUCAAAUUUUCAGUUCUUUUUCAUUUUUCUUCAUUUUCAUGAUAUCAAAAAUCCAUUCUAAAUCGAAGCAGAUGCCCUAAAUUUUUAAAAUUGUGGUUUAGUUUACUCCCUUUUUCUUCAAAAAAAAGGUGUUUUUUGAGACAUUUUGAAAAAAUUUAAAUUUUCGUAUCAUUUUUUUAAAAGUUGUCAAGUUACGUGAACUUCUUCAAGUUGAAUUUGAUGCAUCUUAAACUGGGAUUUCUCUUAUCUGCCUUUUGCAUAACCUGAAAACGUCUGGUGUAAGUUGAGUACCCUAGGUCUGUACUGUAUGUCCUCGAAAUCGGUCUUAUCAUCUUAUGAGCUUAAAUUUCGAUUACAGAAUUGGAUGAGUGGUUCGGGUAUGUACUUUUAUGACGGAGGAUUUCUUUCCCUCUUCCAUAGCUCAGUUUUUUGACGUUUUCGUCAAUACUUUAUCUCAAAGAUAACUCAUAUGGCUCUGAAAACCUCUUUAUUUAUUUCAGUUUUGACUACGAUGUAUUUUCGAAUGAAUAGAUCGUUAAAUCUCCUGAAUCUGCUUCAUACAUGCAUCCGCAUUUAGUACUAAUUUUUAUCUGUUUUAAUUAUUUUCUACACGUGAUUUGAAAUCUCUUGAAUCUUUUAUACUAGCUCACUUCCUUAUUGAAAACGUUGAUGUUGUAUUAUGAAAAUUUGGCUGAAAAACCAUCACCACUCACCGGAUCAUAAUUCAUUUAAUUUUUUUGACGUUCGAAGUUUUCUAUCACGGCACAGCUGUUGUGCUGCACCUCUACAAACAUGUGUGGAAAAUGUCUUAUCUAGUCGUAAUUUUCUAUUUUACCUAUCGUUAAUUACACGAAUCGACUUAAUGUAUUCGUAGAUGUAACGAAAUAUCUAAUAGAAAAAUUCAUUAUAGAAAAAAUUGCCGGUAUAAAUAUUGGUAUCGACCUGUGAUGAUAACGAAAGCAGUCAAAUGAUUACACACACACAUGGUGGUGUGUGUAAUUUGUAAUCGCGAUUCGAUAAAAAAAAAAAAAAAAAAAAAAAAAAAACUUAUUAACGAUGCUGCUGAUGUGCACAGCGAAAGAGAUAGGCUAGUACUCCUCUUAUACAUUGUAUCAGGAAGUGUAUGGUUGGUUUUUUUCCCAGUGCGAAGGAACGCAGAUAAACUUGUGGUGUUUUUUUAAGUCUUAAAAAUUGGCUUUUAUUAUAUUAAAAUUUCUCGAUUAUUCUCUUAUCAUCUCGUGUGUUGUUACGAUUUCGGAUCAUUUUAAUUUUGGACGUUUUGCGAUGAAACACGUUUGUUGAUAGUGAUUUUAAACGAUGGAAAAAAUAAAAUAAAAUUUCGAUAAAAUUUUUCACCAGCUGGUGUUGUCGUUCGACGUUUUAUAUUGUGCUAGGUACCUAACAUAAUACUGCGUUUUUCGUUUUUUUUUUCUUUAUCAAAGUGCUCGCUGACGUUGUUGAUAGCACCUAUUUAUGGUCGAUUAGUGUAUCGAAGAAUUGGACGUCGUCGUGGAAAUAAGGUCGCGUAGGUUAGGUUCGUCUGUGUGGGGUAAAUGAUAAUGUUAGCUUUAGUGUAAGAGAAAGGCUUUCGCGAGAGCGCACAAUAAUUUGGUAAUGGACCCGCAGCAGCAGUUUUGUUUAAAAUGGAAUAGUUUUGGCAACAACCUCGUCAGUACUUUUGAUAACUUAUUUAAAUCUGCAAGCCUUACCGAUGUAACACUAUUUUGCGAAGGGGUAACAUUUAAGGCGCACAAGUUAAUUUUAGCAGCUUGCAGUAAACAUUUUCAAGAUUUAUUCGAAUCAGCACCCUCUUGUCCUAGUAUAUUGGUGAUAUUAGAUGGAACAUCGUCGAGUAAUAUGUCCGCAUUACUUGAGUUCAUGUACAAAGGAGAAGUUCAUGUGGCUCAAGAAAGCUUAUCGAGUUUUUUAAAAGCGGCUGAGUAUUUACAAGUCAAAGGAUUAUCCGUAGAACAAGAAAAAUUAGUCACACAACAACACUCGUCUGACUCGAGGGUUGAUUCGCCAAGUAGUACUCGUAAUUCGAAACAGAAUAAGAACACCGGUGGUCAAAAUGCGAAUAAAAUGGAAGAUGGAAGCGGCGGUGGCAGCAGAUCGGGGCACGGCAACGAUUCCGAGUCAAUGUUACCGCCUUCGUCUCCGGCGUCGAGCUCUUCGUAUUCCCCAUCUGCAUAUCCUAUGUAUCGUAAUAGAGAUCAUUACGAUCAGCGAUUACAGGUGUCCAGUCAUGCUUUGUCGUACGAAGUCCUACCACCUUCGCGAAAACGUCAUCCGCCUAGAAGUCCCAACGAUUCGAUGCGUGAUUCUCACAUACGCGGAUCCGUGCUCAGGGACGGAUCGAAACUAGACCGAGAAUCUCCGCUGCAGGUCGGUUUCACGCCACCGCCGUCGUCGUCAGUAUCGCACCAUUACGAACCCCUCCCACCGACGAUACCUCCGCCUUUAUCGGUGGAUGGUACUGCUGCUGCGGGAUCGUUUGAACGUUCCGGAAAUAUCGAGAAGUCGCCUUCGCCCCAACAUUGGCAUUCGAAUUCAAAUUGCGCCGAAGAUCUUCGCAUUAAAUGUGAAGAAAACGCUGGAAGUGGCAUUGACGAAAAUGGAGGCGAUCGGAAGUACUACAGCGGGUCUUUGGAAAGUAAUCAAAGAGACAGAGAAGUCAAUGAUCGCAUUCCACCUCCACCAGCGCUCGAAAUCGUACAGUCGCCAUCCGGUUCAAGAUCAAACACUUGGAAUUCUGCUUUACCUAAUCCGAAAAUGGAUCCACCACAUAAAGGAGUUACCACUACCACUACACCGGAUGGUAAAAAGCUGCAAUGUCCAUUUUGCGAACGUUUAUACGGAUACGAAACGAAUUUACGAGCUCAUAUCAGGCAACGCCACCAAGGCAUUCGAGUACCUUGUCCUUUCUGCUCGCGAACAUUCACAAGAAAUAACACCGUUCGUAGGCAUAUCGCGCGCGAACAUAAAACAGAGCUCAGUUUAAAGGCUUUGCAACAAGGCCAAGUACAAAAUCAUAAUCAAUAGUUUCACCAAAAUACCAGUAACUACCUCUAUAGUACAAAUAUUUUACUUUUCUUCUAUCUCUUUGUUUUCUAUUUAGUUAUUUAAUUAUUUUGUUUAUUUUAUUUUAUUUUUUUUACAGUGUUUUAAUUACUACUUUUUCAGAAAUUUUUUUUUAUUCUGUUGAUAAUUUUUAUUGUACGGUGCGAGUGAAAUGAUUUCAAGGGGCGAUCCCCCUUCGGUAUUUUUUUUUUUUCAAAACGAAGUAUCAUUUUACUCUCGCUCGAUAACCGUUAUUACAGCUCUCUUUGUUAUAUAUGUUAAAAAAACAAUUCAUACCUCAGCAUAUACAUAAUAAUUUGGUUUAAACUAUCGAAAGUUGCCUACUAUAAGGCGAUGCAUCCUGUUUUUUUUUGGUUCCUCUCAUACAGACUCAUUAUGUUUUACCAGUUGUUGUUGUAGCUGUGAACAGUUCGAUACUUAAGCCGAUGGUGGUUUUAAUUUAAUUAUUUAAAACGCCGUUUUAAUUCGUAUGCGAGGGUACGAAAAAAAAAGGAUACUUUCGAUGGCUUGAACCAUAUCACAUAAUAAUCAUGUGCGUUUGUGUACGACGUGUGCAUUUGCAUUUGAAAUCGCUCGAUUUUUCCACUUUGAAUGCCAAAACGAUGAAUGGUACGAAUGAAUUUUCAAUCAUUGAUCUCAAUUUAUGUUACUUUUUUUUAUGUAUAUUUUUUGGCUUUACUAAUUUUGUUUUUUUUUUUAUUCGAUUAGGAAAUACGGUGUGGUGUUUCAGAUAGAGGGAGGGAAAUUGCGUUGUUGAAAAUUAUACUUUUUUUUAAAUCGUCGCCUCAUCAGAAAUAGCGAAAUUUUCUCCUCAAAAAAUUUGAAUUCAUAGAUAUUUAAAUUCAGCUCAAAUUAGUCCUUUGAAAUUCAACAGGUUUUAAAAAUCAAUCAUAUAUUUAAAUGAUACGCGAUCUUACGAGAUUGAAGAAGAAUUUGGAGUGAAAAUGGUUGAUGGGAGAGGGGAAGUCUAAAACUCAAAAUCUGAAAAUUGUCACGCGGAUAUCGAAGUAUUUAUAAUUUUUUUGAACUUGAUGUUCCUCUGGGUUUUGUGUACCUCCUUCAGAAGCACGUUUUGUCUUCGAAGGCUAAACUAUUUUUAAUUUUGUGAUCAAGGAUCUCAAAAAUUUACUUUUUGGUAUCUGCUUCGAAAUUUUCAACUUUUUUGAGAAUUUGGGUUUACUUUUCUCCAUUUAUGAUCCCUACUGACCUCCCUCCUCCUCACUGGUGAGAUUUUCACGAGUUGUUGAAUCAUUUCGAAAAAUUAAAUUGGUAAUUACAAUUAUUCGCCUGUCAGAAUUCAUUCUGAGAUUUAUCAAAAUUCAGCUUUUGACACACCCUCUCCCUCCCCACAGUUUAUGGGGCAAGUUUUUCAUUUUGAAUUGCUUCAAAAAUGUAAAUCUGUCAUUAAUAAUAAUUCAUGUUUCGAAAUCCACUCUAACGAAAUUUUUUAGAGUGUGGUUUUAUGACAGUCAGGGCCCCUUUUUAGGUCCAUUUGAAAAUUUUUUGCAUUUUGAAAUAAUUUCAAAAAUUAAAGAUUAGUUUUUCAAGUUUGAAAAAAAAACUAAUUUUCAAAAAAAAAAUUCUAUUAAAUUUUUUCUAAUUCUGAACUUGAAUAAUUCCUAACUAAAUUUUGUAAAAGACUAAAAAAAGUAGAUGCUACACAAAAGAUCUCCCUCAUUUCGGGUUUGGAUUCAGAAAUUCAUUUGUUUCAAAAUUGUGAGUUUUAAAUUCGAGUUCACUUUUGGCAGCUACGUUAUUUCAAUUUGAACAUGAGAACGAUUUUCUAUUACCAGAAAAGGAAGAGGGAAGUGCUCAAUCUACCUCAAAUCCGACCUUUUCAUUUCGAGUUUUUUUUUUUCAAAUCCGUACGAUCGCCUAUUUCAAUAUUUUUUUUAAUAAAAAGAAACAGUCAACUUAUUAGUAUGAAAUUCCACAGUCUCAUUAAUAGUGAGUUUAUAUUGUAACAAUGCUUUCAGUAGUUUUUAAUUUCGUAAUUGAGAAUGAACGUUCAUCGUUGCGGUAUUGAAAGUGGUUAAAAAACCCUACGAGCGAUGAUAUUUCGGCGAUCUGUGAUUGUAUUUUAAUUUUUCGUUGUUAUUAUUGUUGUUGAAAAUAUUUUUUUUCAUAUAAAUUUAUAUACGUCGAUUACACUCGUACAUGGUCCGUUUUUCUCAAAGUAAAGGCCAAAAAAAUAAUGUAAAUUUUGAAAUAGCUGAACACGAUGCGUGGAUGCAGAACAGGAUAGUCAAAAUACAGUCUUAGUUCUCCCCGUUGCUCCAUUAGUGACGGUGCAUCGGCGAAUACCAUCUCAAGGGGAGAGAGCCACUACAUUGUUCGUCGGUUCCUGUCACUACUAGUCAUUUCUUCUCCUAGUAUGUAAUUCGUUGUUUUAUCAUAAUAUGAUGUAUUGUUUUCAUUUUUUUUUCUUUUGUUUUUUUAAAUUAUGUGUAUAAUACCUAAAAAUUUCGUUCGACUAGUAAGAAGAGCGCGUUGACUGUUUUUUUUAUCGUCGAUAAGUUGUUUGACUAAAACGUGCUAUUCUUUAAUUAUUUUUUACUUAUUUUUUUUUCUCAUAUGUGUAAAUUUUUUUAUGACGGUUUUUAAAAAAAACUUGAACAUCCUAUUCCAUUUUCGUACGUCUGUAAAAUCGGACGUUUUUUUUCGAAUCGUUGAUAUUUUAUUCCGUUAAUUAUUUUUUUUUGUUUUUUUUUCUUCCUUUAGUUGUUUUCUUUCUUUUUUUCAGUUCCAUCUGUUUCUACCUCUGUUUAAUUUUAAUCUUUCGCGUGCAAAUAUGUUGACAAAACUGUAAAAGAGAUUUGGUAAAAUGACAAAAUAUUCGUCGAGCACUCUAUGAAUAUCAUGAUGAAACAAAAAAUAAUUCAAGAAGGGGAAAAAGUAUAUAGGUGCCAUAUAAUCUUCGAUUUGUUGUAAUUUUCUUUUUUUUUUUUUUUUCUAAAUACGUAAGGUACUUGAAAAUGGUGGACAUAUAACGUAUUGUGUGUGGUUUUUUUUCGUUAAUUUAUUUCUAUGUGCGAUGAAUUAUUGAAUGUCGAUGACAAAGCAGUAUAGUUACACCUUUUUAAACAUAAUCACGAUUUGUUAUCGUUUGUUUGUUUUUUUUUUAAAUUUUAUUUCUGUCUUUGAUGAUUUUGUGUUUAACACAGAAAAAAAUUUUGCAAGGUGACCGUAUGUGAAAAAAGUUUUGUUAUUGUGUUGAGUUUUUAUUUUCGUUCGAUUAUGUUUUUUCUUUUCUUUUACCUACCCUUUUUUUUUCGUUUCUGAAUACAAUAAAAUUGUAACUAACCACGAUUUCUGUGUGUUGGGCUGUGUAAUGUAUCAUGAGUUGGUUGCGAUUACCUUUACAGCAACAUAAAAUCACAAUUUUUUGUUUGCAAUAUGAUUUUUUUUUCUCUUUAGUUUUAGCUUCUUGUCGUGUUUUUAUUAUUUGUAUUGUAUUUAAUUUUACAUUUUUCGGUUGACUUUUGUGUUGUAAAUUAGCCGAUUCCGCCGCAUCAUCGUCGCAGUUUGAAAAUUCCAGAUGCAAUUUGAUUGCUCUGUUGCUCUGUUGUUCAGUGUGGGAGGAACUUUUUACACGCGUUUAAAUUUACUCUACUACAAGUAUAUCAGUAUUUUUUUUUUCGUAAUGUUUGUUGUACGUUCGCAUUCCAUUAAUGAUUUCUUACCCCAUAUGUGUGCAUGUGUGUGUCUGCGUGUGUGUGGAAUUUAUUAUAAAAAAUUAAGGUGUAACCACACUCGAAUGUAGGCCUAUAUAUUUGUCCGAAGAGAAGAGGCGACAUUUAACUCUAGUUGAAAAAAAAAAAAAUACGAAAUGAAAAUCCGAACGUUACUGUGUAAAUCAAAGCAUUUGUUUUAUGUUAUUGCUCGCUGUACAUUAUUGUUGUUUUUAUAAAUAGGUAUCGAUGUUAAUAGGUUUAUCGUUAUUCGCCCCUCUAUCGUCUGUUUGUUUGUUCGUUAUAUUUAAUUAAUAGUUAAUCGUUAGUCGUGUAUGUUCGUUGUUUUUACCUCAUUUACAUAAAACUUAAAGGCAAUUAUCUCAGGGAUUUUGACUGCCGUAACUACAUCGCGCUGUGUCGCAGUUGAAGUUAUUUAGUUUUAUAAAAAUACUAUACCUACCUACAUUUUUUUCUUUUCCUCCAUUCUCGCAGAACCUUUUUUUUUUAUCGUGUUUUACUAGUAUCGAACUGUUUUCAUAUUUCUCUCUCUCUGUCUCUUUCUCUCUAUCACUUUCCUAUAGACGCAAUUUUAUUUCAGACGAUUUGUCGUUCUGCUGUUUUUUUCUCCUCAAUGUUGUAUUUGCUAAGAGUAAUAUUAUAAAAUAUAUAUAGAUUUUUACAUCACUCUUCUCAGGGUUUGUACGACAGAAUGUACAUGAAAUUAAGUCAAAUGAAAUCUAUAGUACAAAUUUGAACCUACCUCUAUAUGAUUUUUUGUGUACAUAAUAAUAUUUAAUUUCUCUUUUGUUUUAAAUAAUUCGCGGCGUUUUUUUUCUUUUUAUAUGUGCGAUUUUUAUUUUUACUUACGUGUAUCGAUGUUCUAUGUUUUAUAAUUUUUAAAUGUAGUAGUCUUACGUCGUCUUACAAUAUUCAUUUUGCAGCCAGUUUUAUCGUUUCAUUGUCUCUCCAACAGUUUACGUAGUAGCCAAUUGAAUUACAUGUAGUUUUAUAUUCCUCAUCAUCGAUAGAGUGUAAAAAGUUCCUCGCUGAAUCUUCUGUAUAUGUAGAUAGGUAAAGUAAGAGAUUAAGAUACGCGAAUGAAUUAUUACAUUGAAGUUUUAUAAAUGGUAGAUUGCUUAAAAAUAUUCCAACUUAUGUGUACAAGUGACCGACGCGAGCGUACCUUGGGGCAUAUCGCGAGGCUAAAUUAACCCGCCUGGACCACGUAAAUUUUUUAGGGGCUGAAAGGGAUUUACACCUAUAUAAAAAAUAUUAAAAAAAUAACAUAAAUGUCAUAUCAAAUUAUAUAUAAAUUUUUUUUAUACAUUUUGUAUAUAUUUAAUUGAAAUUUCUGUGUUCUAUCUGUGGGAUUUUUUGAUGUUUUUUCUCUUUUUUUUUCUUUUCGUUUUUUUUAAAUUCCGAAUUGAAAUGUAUAUUUUCAUUCGGUUCUCUGUUUCUAGGUUUUGUUGAAUUAAAAAAAAAAAAAAAAAGAAAGCAAGAUGUCGAUUUACACGAAUUUUACGAUGAAACCUUAGUUUGGUAUGUAAACAAAGUACAACUUCUUUUUUUUUUUCUUCGUUAGCGCUAAGUAAAAAUUUAAUUUUUAAUAUAGUGUUGGUAUUUCUAAUUAUAAGUAAGCUUUUUAAGUGUUCUAGCUGGGUAUUUGUUUUAAUUAUAGGUUUAUAUGUAUUUCUGUUUUUUUUUUCUACAUAUGUUUAUCAUUUUUGUGUUUUAAGCGUUUUGCAAGGUGUAUCAAUCGCCUGCGUAUACGAAAAUUUGAAUUUUUUUAAUUAAACGGGAUUAUUAUUACACCUAGAUUGGGGAUUAUAUUCCAGCGACGAGCGUUGAUAUACCUUGUAUUUAUAUGUGUGAUGUAUGUUAAUGUUUUAUUCUUUGUAUUUUACUAUAUAAUAUUAUAAUUUAAUUACUAUGUUCUUUUACGAACCGACCGUGUUAUGCUCAUUUUACUCCGUAAGUAAAUUCAAUAGUCAGUUUUAAUUAAUUACGUAAAACCGUCCAUUUUUUUCCCAACAACUUAUUAACGUGCUUCUAUCGUAUACUAUUGUAUCUCUUUGAAACAAAACUACUCGUUUGUAUGAUGCUUAUUUAUAAUUUAAAAAUAUCGAUUGAUCAUCAACGAAUGACUUGUCAAUUACGAAGAAAAAAAACCCACCUGCACAUCCCGAUGCUUUACAAAUGCAUUUUAAUCUGUGAUAUAAUUUAUUUUAUUUAAUUUAGAGUGCGAAAAAUCAUGGAUUUUUAUCGAUUUGUAUCGUGAAAUCGGGAAUCUCAGGAAUCUAGGCAGGUUAUAAUAAUCGAUUAAUUUAAAUUAGUUAAAAAAAAUUAAUAAUGCACGGUGAUAAAUAAUUUUUCUCGAAACGAAGAAGUGCGUUAAUAAAAAUAUAAACUACGGGCAUUAUUUUUCACUUACCAUAGAUUUUUAAUUACCUUCUACAUUGUUUUCGUUUUUUUUCUCUCUCUGUAAUAGAAUUUUUAACUUAUUGAUUAAUUUUAUUUUUCGUUUCGUUUCGUUUUACGUAUUUUCAUUUUAUUUUUCGUUAAUCGAGCUUACAUCUCUAAACGUGCGAUUUGUUCGAGUUUUUUCCCUCAUCUGUAUCGAAAGGCUAUGCGAUUUUUUACUACAGCCAGGCCACCCCGUUGAUCCCAAAUCCGUUUAAACUUUGGUGUUAAUUUUUUUUGUAGUUUAACGGUAUUCUGGAGAUUGAUCGGAGGUGAUACGAAGACGAGUUGAAACCGAAACAAUUCGCAACGUUUAGAGAAUGUUUACUAUACUACAAGAGUACAAAAAUACACACAUAAUGAAUUUUGAAAGAAAGAUGAACGUAUUAUCAAACUACAUAAAUUAUAUGCUAACGAUUAUUAUUUUUAAUUAUAACGUUAACGUGUCUCGUUUUUUUUUUUUUUCUAAUUUUUAGUUACGUUGUGGUCAACAAUGUGUACAUGUCAUAUAAAUGUUAUGUCACUUAAUCUAUAUAGAGAUUUUGAGUAGAUAUUAAGUUUUAUUAGUUUUAUGUUUUGUGAUUAUUUCGUUAUAAUAUUCGUUCAAAACGCUUUUUAAUUUUUAGUAGCUUGUAAAGUUUUUUCUCUUUUCUUUUGUUAAUUUUCUCAAUGCAUAUUGCGCUUGUUUGUUUUUCUUUUUUUUUUAAAUUGUUUUUUUUUUCAUUUUUUUUUUCGUUUUGUUUUGGCAAACGAUGCAUAUAAUGCAUGUAUUCUGCCCAGCAGGUUAGUCUGUUAUGUAAAACAGCGUAAAAACUACGCGUAAAAAUUAAUUUCAUAGUAUUUUUUUUUCUUUUUAAAUUAACGAAUCGUUUGAAGUGUGUAAACUGGCGUGGGUUUGGUAUUUUACUACACGUUUUCUGCUUCUUUAUUUACUUGUAUGAAAAAAUUUUGAAAUUUGAUAGAAAUUGCAAAAAUGUUAAUUAUUAAUUUGAUUGGUUUUUUGGAUAAAAGAUUUUAUUUUUAUUGUCCAAGGAGAUCAUAGAUGUAAUCAUUUUUUUCCUGGUCUCAAUGCCAUCUAAUUGAAGAAUAUCGAGGGAUUUUUCUCAAAACAAUUUUCAACAUAUUACCAGUCAGUCCCCUGGACCUCUUCCCUUUCCCUCCCCCUCUUUUUAACCGCAAAAUCGGUUUAGAUUCUUAAAAUUCGUCGUUCUUUUUACUCACUUCAUCCUCCAAUAAAUAGAAUAAGGUUCCUCCAAAUUCUCGAGGCAAUCGAUAGUCGUUUUAGGACACCCUUUAUACAAUUAAAAUUAAAAUAUUAAAAAUCAUUUGCUAUCGUAUCACGAUUUUUUCAGCAAAAAACACAUUUUGGUUUUUAAAAUUGAAAAAAAAAUCUGGUCAAAUGUUAAUAGGUAUGAAUUUUUUUAGUCAUCAAAAAUGAAAAAAAAGAAUAAUCAGAAACAUAUUUUUUUGAAACAGUUGAAAAUUUUUAUUUUAAACGAAUUUCGAGAAACCAUAAAUCUAAAAAGUUCAGUUGUUAUUUUCUAAUAUUUUUGAUUUUUUUUGGUAGUUGAAAUUCGUGAUAAUUAUGAUUUUUUUAAUGGUGUGGCAGGAGGAACGUCGUGCUAUUUUACAAAAGUUUUUGACAUUUUUCUCGUGAUCUAACGUACCUACUCGAAAUCACAAUUUCCAAAUUCAUUCUUGUCAACUUGGGAGGGGGCACCAUCGAAUAAUCUACAUUGCUCAAGUAGAAUAAAAUCAAAAUUUUUGAAAAAAAAACAUGAAUUUUCACUGAUACAUUGUUCAAUUUAAAGGUGAUUUUUGAGAUUUGGAAACAAUUUUUUCACAAAAAAAGCUAAUUGGCAAUUGCAUUUUUCGAUACGAUGGGUCCAAUUAGACAAUGAAAAUUGAUCUUUUUUAAAAAUAUCUAAUCGAAUUAAGAUGGAGAUGUGAAUUCAAAUUGAAUACCUUCGUAUAAAACUAGCUCAAUGAGCAUUUAAUGAUCCAAGAUGAAAAAAAAUUAUAAGUAAUAAUAUCUCUUAAAGCAGUAAACGUUGGUAAAAUCCACGAUGCAAUAAAUAUUUAUUCGAAAAAAUAUAAGUAAUACGCGUAGGGAUUUUAAAAUGUAAAAAAAUGGAGAAAGGCAACUCGAAAAAUUGAUUGUAUUAUCAGUUACCAUUAAUUUAAACUUACAAUAGAUACUGGUUAAAAUAAAUACUUGUAGUUACCUGAGGUUGUUAAUCUAUAACUUUAAUAAUGAUCGAUUCAUCUAGAUAUUCAAACGAUUCGUUAUAUGUUGUAUAAUUUUACGUGAUUUUCGUUUGUGAUAUUUCAUUUUGCCAUUUUCAAAAAAUGGUAUCUCCGUAACCGUUACAAAAAAGAAAUCUUGAAUCGCUUGCAAAGUGCUUUUCUUAUUAUGUUUUUAGUUCUAAGUUUUAUCUAGUAUGCUUAGGUUUUUAUUAUUUUUUUCUUUGUAAGAAAUCUUGUAACUGGUCAUUGUUUUUAUUUCGCCAAUUUUUUUUUCUUUUUGAAAGGGGUUAAACGAUAACGCAUGAAAAAUAAAAAAAUUUCAGUGACAUAACUGUUUAGAAACAUUGUUGUCUAAAACCGUUUUUUUUUUUUUACUUUUUUUUUUGUAAACCGGAAGCAUUUAAAUAACAAGAUAUUUACUAGCAAAAUUGUACAUAUUGUUUUUCUUUGUUGUUAUUACCGCAUAAUUAGUUUUUCAAACGAAACAAACAUGUUGUUAAAAAAAAAUUUUGUGAAAUAAUUUGAACACCGAAAAGCAUAAAUCGUCGUACCAAUAAUAUAAAGGUUUCAUUUUUUUUUAUCGUGCUGGUUGACGCGACGUUGUAUGACAUUUUUUUGAACCAUUUUUUUUUUUACCUUAUUUCGAUUGGUAUGUGAAUAAUACAACAUAAUACAUACAUAAUAAACGAGUAGAAUUGAUUUAUGCUUUACGUGGAAAAAUUCUGUUGAGCAUAAUAGUGUUCAUUUUAGUAAUUUUCUCAAAGUACAAUAAUAAAAAAGUACAAAGUACCUUAUAUAUUAGUUUUGUGUGUUAUAGGUGUUGUUUUAUUUUUCGUUUUUGCCCCGACAUGUAUUAUAUUGUUGCCAUUUAUAAAAAUUGAUUUAAAAAAAAAAAAAGAAAAAAAAUCAAGGUAUACAUCAAAUUAUAAAUGUACGAAAAAUCGAAGAAUCAAAUGUAUUAUUAUACUAUCUGAUUAUUUAGCGGUGUAUACCUUUUAUAUUUUUAUUUGUUGUUUUGCAAAAUGUGAUUGUAUUUGCAUUGAAUGUCGUUGGGUUUGUACCAUUAUUAAAUGUCAUAAAUACAUAAUUAUAAAAAUGUC